AUGAGAAGAACAUUAGCAGGUCCAGGUUCAAGCACUUCAAAUCACAAACCAACCGUUGAUAUUGGUAAAACUGCACCAGCAGGUACAAACAAUGACGGUUUCAGACGUCAAGGUGCUUCAUCAGGUCCACAAUCAAGUGUUUCCACAUAUACCCCAACCACCGAUUCAGGUAAACAAGCACCAGCAGGUGGUAACAAUGACGGUUUCAGACGUCAAGGUGCCUCAUCUGGUCCACAAUCAAGUGUUUCCACAUAUACCCCAACCACCGAUUCAGGUAAACAAGCACCAGCAGGUGGUAACCAAGACGGUUUCAGACGUACUGGUGCCUCAUCAGGUCCACAAUCAAGUGUUUCCACAUAUACCCCAACAAAUGACUCUGGUAAACAAGCACCAGCCGGUGGUAACCAAGACGGUUUCAGACGUACUGGUGCCUCAUCAGGUCCACAAUCAAGUGUUUCCUCAUACACCCCAACUCAAGAUCCAGGUGUAUCUUCAAGUGUUUCAGGUGGUGGUGGUAACGAUUAUUUCAGCCAUCACAACGAAGAAUCAAACUAA